ACCGUAGGUGGUGCAAUAAACCAACAGUAUGUUAUGCGCCACACAAACUAGCGAAGAAGAAGAACAUACGGCGGCGGUGCGGGAAACAUGAACACGUUUUCAGGUGCAUUAUGGGCUCAUCUCUGCUUUCUGUUGCUGAGCAGCUUUUGAAAGACCUUCAGAGAACUUACUCGGAGACAAACCAGAUACCAGAUGACCUACUAAUAGCAUUACGGUUUGUGUUUGGCCAGUGUGCUCUUCAGGCAUUGGACCUGUUGGACCAGCGCUCCGUCACAUGUGUGUCAUCACCUAGCGGUCGAAAGGCAUUUCAGGUGUUAGGUGGAUCAGGGCGUCUGUACACGUGCUUCACAUCCUGUCACUACUGCCCAUGCCCUGCCUUCUCUUUCUCUGUGCUCCGGAGAAACGAGAGUCUGAUGUGUAAGCACCUCCUGGCUGUCUGCCUGAGUCAAGCCAUGGGUUUGUGCCAGCAGGAGCAGGUCUCAGAUCAGCAGAUGACCCACAUUCUCUCAGGGCAAACUGAGGCCAGCAUAUAAAUAACUCAUCCUGGAGUCUGAUAAGAACACCCAUGCAGGAAUUCAGAUAUUUAGAGUCAUAAUGGAUUAGAAUGGACUUUUCAAAGUUGUUGUUGCACUUAAAUUAUUAUAAUUUUUUUUUUUUUUAAGUAAGGGAUGCUCUGUCAUAGAAUGUUGAAAAUUGCUUUGAAAGUAAGUCAAUAAACAAGCAAAGCUGUGACCCUCAAUAUGAUGUCUGUGUAUGUUUGUAUAUAUACUUGCAAAAUUAUUUUAUCAUUUGCCAGAGAAUGUACAUCUGUUCAUUGAGCAUGAUGGCGUUUAUUUUUGGAGUUUCCGUUUGUUUGAAGGUUCUGCACCAGAGACUGACUCUCAUCAAUAAACGAUGAAACCACAUAGUUUAAAUACUGUGCUUCUCGACUUCUUUUGUUUUUCUCAGCUAAGUUUUGGGUUUUGCGUUCAUAAAAUAUUUGUGAACUAUUUACUAAACAUUCAAGUAGUUAGAUUUGAUCAUGCUUUCUAAAAAGAACAAUGAACUAUGUUAUUAAUAACCACAAUACAUACUGAAAGAGGACUUGUUUUUUUUGUAACCAAUGAGGUAUGAGAGGCCGCUCCCUUCAACCGUGACUUACAAUACAGCAGGGCCUCUUGUACCUUAUUGCUUUUAUGAAAUGGUUACCACACUACAAAAAAUAUUAAAACCAAUGUGUGUAUUGAUAUUACUUUUUUUGAAGUAAGUUUGUUAAAUCUGUCCUUCUGCUAAAA